AUGCCCAAUUAUGCCACUAACAUUCAAUCUUUUACGCACAAUCACAACUUUAAUAUAGCUUUCCUGAACUGCCGCAAUCUUGUCAAAGCCUCUACUCCAGAGAUUAGCUCUGACUUCAUUCGAUAUUUACGUUCCUUACAUUUGGACAUUAUAUGUAUUCAAGAAUCGCACGCCGUUGAGGCAGUUCAGGACCAACUCAAUCUACAAUUCCAAGCUCAUGCCACCUUAUGGACACAACAUUGUGAUAUUAUCUCAUUCAAUACAUUAAUCAACUUACAUUCUUUAGACUUCGAUCUGGACCAACGCAUCCUUGCCUGCAAGGUUGUCCAUGCCAAUGCGUUGUUCCCACCCUUCACACUCCUUAACAUCUAUGCUCCUGCCCAAUACUCUCCCAGAGUGCAGUUCUUUCGCAAUCUUCUAGCGUUGCCUCUUUUCGACAUUCCUUAUUCAACCUCUCAGGCAUCUCUCUCCAAUUUAUCUACACCUCUCGACUCUGAUCCCUCCAACCUUGCUCCAAUGCUCAUGAUGGGGGAUUUCAACUAUCAUGCUACUUUAUAUCUGACCGAUGAAAGUGUGGAUCAGGAACUUGAUACUAACAAUAUUACUUCAGGAGCUGCCCUUCACCGACACUUCCAUCAGAUUCUCAAUACGCACUUCUUUGAAUGUACACAUUCACGGGAAGAAGGCCCUCUGUUACCAACAUAUCGCAGACAGAAGAACGGUCAAUCUACUAUCGAUUACCUGUACGCUUCCGCUUUCUUAUUCCAACACCUACACUCUUCUGACAUUGAGUUCCUUGAUUCCUCCUGGACCGAUCAUGCCCUUCUCCGGGCACGGUUUGUCUUUUCGUCGGAUCGUCAGGGAUCAGGUCUAUGGCGAGCUAACCACAAUCUAGCAACUAAUCAAUAUUUCACGGAUCAACUGUUUACAGCUUUAGAUGAAUUUUUCACUAACGUGGAGAUUACCGCUUCCAUAGAUGCCGCCGCCUCCAUUUUGCCUGCCUCUCCGCAAGACAAUUGGGAUGCUCUUAAAGCUCUAGUUCAGGAUAUCGCUCGUCGGGUAAGUCGUGCUCGCAGCAAUGCCUUGGAACGCCAAUACCGGCGCCUACAACGCAAGCGCAACCGAAUAUGUCGUCAAUACUCGGAUCCUCGUACCCGGACACAACUACUACACACCGUUGAAAAGCAAAUUGGUAUGCUUCAACGUGAAAUUGCUACGAACCUACGAUUGCGGGCAGGUAAACAUUGGCGUGAAAAGGGGGAAACCUCUGCCGGUUACCUUAAGCGAACUAUUGCCACUCAUGCCGCUAAACAGGCGAUUACUAGCCUCCUCCAUCCAGUUAGUAACACAUUAUGUACUGAUCCUCUUUCGGUGCAGACAGCUGCUUCUAGUUUCUAUGGCACGUUGUAUUCCAGUGAUCCGGUCGACAUCGCGAGCAUCGAGUCCCUGUGCAACACGAUCCCUGACUCUGACACCAUCCCGGAUGAUGCUCAUACUAUUCUUCAGCAGCCUUUCACCUAUGCCGACUUAUUGACUGGUACUCAUCGUACCAAGUUCCAAUCCAGUCCUGGCAUCGACGGUUUACCUUAUCCCAUUCUCAACGUGAUUUUCAACCACCCGAAGGCUGCCAAACUCUCUGUUCAGGUAUUUAAUGAUGCUCUCAACUUGGGUGUCUUUCCCUCCAGCUGGUUGCAAACCUGCAUCUGUUUACUACCCAAAUCCGGCGACCUAUCCAACCUCAAGAAUUGGCGACCUCUAUCAUUGAUAUGUUGCGAUGCCAAGAUAUUUACCCGACUUCUCAACCAACGUCUUAUGCCUUUUAUGAACAAAAUCAUAUGUCCUCAACAAUCAGGAUUCAUGCCUGGUCGCUUCAUCGGUGACAAUGGUAUGAUCUUCCACAACACUCGCCUCAUUGCUGCUGAAACAUCCUCUAACAGUAUUGCACUUCUCUUGGAUCAAGAGAAGGCUUACGAUCGCAUUCAUCCUGAUUAUAUUCGUGCUGUGAUGCAACGUUUUAACAUGCCUACUAAUAUUAUUCAUUCCUUACUAACUCUCAUUUUUUCGACACAAAUUCACAUCAACAUCAAUGGACAUAUCUCGACUGAUUAUAUCACCCAACAACGUGGUAUUUGA